AUGCCACAUACUGGCCAGGCGGGCGUAAAUCAACUCGGAGGUGUUUUCGUGAACGGUCGUCCUUUGCCAGAUUGCGUAAGAAGAAGAAUAGUCGAACUGGCCCUUCUUGGAGUUCGACCUUGUGAUAUAUCAAGACAACUUUUAGUAUCGCACGGAUGCGUGUCUAAAAUUUUAACCAGGUUUUACGAAACGGGAUCUAUUCGACCAGGUUCUAUUGGUGGUUCAAAAACAAAGCAAGUAGCAACACCAACUGUUGUAAAGAAAAUCCUACGAUUCAAGCAGGAAAAUCCCGGAAUGUUCGCUUGGGAAAUUCGAGAGCAACUCAUAUCUCAAAGAAUCUGCGAGCCACACAAUAUACCUUCAGUGAGUUCUGUAAACAGGAUUUUAAGGAACAGUGGUGUUUGGCCAGAUCCUCCAGAUAUGCUGCAUCACAGAGUCAGUCAUCCGUCAGAUUUGAACGGAGACAUAUACUCCAAGGCCAUCUCACCACCAAAUACCCCCAUACCCUACUAUCCAUCAAUAAACGAUCCCGCCUUCAUUCCCACUAACCGAUUUUCCUCCCUUCAGCGUCAACUGCACAUCGCAACAGCAUCUCCGGUAGAAAUUCCAACUGCAGCCAAUUGGUCUAAUCUUAUUGUUCCCUACCACACAGAAGCAACCAAAGAUAGCUCUACAUACAGAGACGAAGACAAAAAAGACGUGUCCAUAACCAAUACAAGUCGAAACGAACAAAAAAAGAAAAAUCCUUAUUCCAUCGAGGAAUUACUGAAGAAGCCCGUUGUGCGAUCGAAACCUUUAAAUUUUGAUUGUUCUGGUAUUCACCAGCCAUAUGGUGGAUUAGUACAUAACGAGGAAAUCAAAAAAAUUAAUUAUAGUGAUAGUGAUAGUGAUCAUGAACAAGAUGUUAAAAUUGAUGUAGUGUAG